AUGGAGUCGCACGUGCAGAGCGGUAAAAAGAGGUCGUGGACGGACGAGAAGCACGUGCAGUUCUUGAACAGCAUGGAGGCAUCGUUUGUGCGCGCCAUGUUUGAGAAGAAGGAUCAUCGCCUUCUUCGUCUCGACCGUUACUUGCCUGACACCUCAGACUCAACCCUAGAUCUCAAAACCCUCAACAAAACCAAAAAACAAGGCGGCAGAAUUAACGGCGGAGCAGACAGAAGAUUAAGGAGAUUUUCAUCUCAACCGUUCAAUGCAUCACAAGAUCAGGUGGUCCCGCAGUUUGAGAUGAGAGCGGUUGGUGAUAAAGAUGAGAGAGACCACCUAAAUGUACCUGAUCAGCUAUGA